AUGUCAACGCCAGAUACCACCCUGGACAUGCAACUUGAAUCGGAUUAUCACAAGGAAACAACCGACGUGCUCGAAGAUGAAGACCUCGACGCGUACAGUGACUUCGCAGACGACCCUGAGACGCUUGAGAUAAUUGAUCAACUCCUUCUCGAGGCGGCCAACCAGCGGAGAGAAGACGCGUUAGCAGACGCGCCUUUGGUCGUGACAGACAUCGAGGACUAUGAGGACCCUCGGGGCGUUUAUCUGCCCAAGGUGCGUGGUGUCGAAACGACGCGUCAAUGGGGGCUUCCAAGCCAAUCUGUUGGGACCCAGCAGCAGCAGCAGAACAUACGCGACGAGAGUGCCGAACGGAGACGUAGUCAAGGCGAUAAAGAAGUCGCGAAGGCUUUGAAGGACGACGAGGCUGCUCCGCCAAACGACGACGGACAAGAUGCAGCUCUCCAGCCCACCGGGCCAGACACUCGAACCCCCCUCGAACGAUUCCGCAAACCGCCCAAGAAAGCCCUCUCUGUCACCGAUCUCAUCUCGCCGUCGUGGUGCGAAUUGCAAUACUACUACAUUCUGACCAAGCAUGGUCGCAAAAGGAGGACACCUGCCAUGAAACAAGGGAGUGCUGUCCACCAAGCACUGGAAGAUGAAGUCCAUACCACAGUCCCCGUGGAAAUCACCAAGAAAGAGGACAGCUGGGGAUUGAGGAUAUGGAACAUCAUCCAAGGUCUGCGCACGCUGAGGGAGACAGGCAAGACCAGAGAGCUGGAGAUCUGGGGAUCCGUCGGCGGAGAGCUGGUCAAUGGAGUGAUCGACGAGCUCAGCUACGAGUGUCCCGAUCCAAAGCUGGAAGAGAUGAGCCAAAACCUACAGAAGAAGAAGGACACUGAGCCCCCACUGCCAGAGUAUCAGGCCAGUAUCAGGGACUAUCUCGUUACAAGCGAGAACAGAGCCCAAGGCCAGUCGCUACAGCAAGCCCUCGGAGACGAUGGAGGUGGUGGCGACAAGUCCAGCCAGCCUGACAGUAGCAAACCCGGGGGCGACGAUAGGAAAAUCUACAUCACAGACGUCAAAACACGACAGACACCGACCUUGCCCACCGGUUCAGCCAUGCGACCUACGCUCGUCCAGCUGCACCUCUAUCAUCACAUGCUCGAAAAUCUGGCUCAAGGAAAGUUCAUGCUUUCUCAACUCGCCGAGAGAUAUGCCUUCGACGUGAAUGAGACUUUCUCAGACUCAUUCAUCGCCCAGAUAGGCGGGCUGAAUCAAGAGCUCGUCGCCAUGUCCCAGCAGAGUGACGACAUGAGGCACGACAACCUCACGCCAUCGUCAACUCAGGACUCGCUGGAUAUCCUCCUCCAGCACAAUACGCUGACAGCCCUGUGGGGAUUCAUGCUGGAGCAGCUUCGCCAGACGUUCCUCCUCGCCUCGGUAUCCAGCGCUUCUUCAUCUUCUCACCCAAAUGCUACGAGCACGACCACCCAACCCAACACAGACACCGCGACAGCAGGUCCCGACUUCCAAGAUCCAACCAUCCCACCUCCUUCCUCGCUCUCUCAGCUUCCAGACCCGCCCUCGCAACCGACGCGCCUCUCCCCCAUCCUCACGGCCCGCUACAUCGCCACAAACUACAACCACUCCAACGACGAGACGCGCGUUCUGGGAAGCAAAUCCCUCCUCUUCAACCCCUCGUUCCUGACGUCCCAACUGUACGCGUCGCUUGGGUUCUGGAAAGGAGACAGAGAGCCGAGGGGCGUCGAGGUCAACGAUGCAUGGAAGUGCCGCAUUUGUGAAUUUCGCGACGAAUGUGCUUGGGUCAAGGAACGGGAUGAGGUCAUGGUCAGAGAGGCAAGGGAGAGGAGGAAGGUGAAAGAGGAGCUGGAGAAGGGCGAGGAUGGGAAAGCCGACAAAGGGAGAAGGAGUCGUGUGUGA